UUUUUACUGGGUGCAACAUAUAUAUAGGUGAAACAAAACGGUCAUUCUUAACUCGCAUGAAUGAACAUAAAAAAGUAAAUAAUGACUCUGUAGUUUACCACCAUCGAAUUAAUUGUAAUCAUGACUUCGAUUGGGAAAAUGACAAAAUUUUGGACAAUGAACCAAAUUUUAUAAAACGACGAAUAACUGAAAUGAUCCAUAUAAAAACAAAUCAUUCCACUAUUAAUAGAAAGGAAGAUAUUUUCACUCUAAACAGAACUUUUUUUCCUCUUCUCAGAGUGCAGUCCCAUGUGGGUAGAAUAGUGGAUUAGUGGAACAGUGGAAUAGAUUAGACCCUUGGAGGGGGAAUGAAUUUUAAGUGAUGAGUGUGUGCACUCUACCUAAUUCUGAGUUCGUGGUUUGUGCUUUGCGGGAACAAAAUAAUUUGUUUACAAACAAGUUUUUAAAAAAGGUUUGAAAAUGGAGAACAAUAAUAAAGAGAACAAUGAAUCCGUGUUGUAUACCUGUUCAUAUUGUUUGAAAGGAAUUGGCAUUAAGGAGACCCUCAAAAAACACGACUGUUUUAAAAAAAUAGAUUUUGAUAAAAACGUUAUCAAAGUAAAUAAAAUGAACUGUCUUGUUCUUGAAAAAACUGAUCCAAAGAACAUUUCAAGAACAGACGAAGGUUCAAAAUCGAAAAAACCAAAAAUUAAGAAAACGAUUAAAGGAUAUAAUCUUGGCGUAGUUCUAAAUAAAAAUAUGUCUGGGCCACUCAUGAAAUGUGGAUAUUGUGGGGCGCUGUUAAAAUGUUCCAACGAAACAUUGGAAGAUUUACCAAAAAUCCACAAAUGUUUCCAAGAUUUUAAUGAGGAGACACAAGGGUAUGACCUCGACAAAAAUAUGGUUAUAAAAAUGGUAAACAUGUCAUGUGUCGAACAAUCGUUACCAUUAUCAAAUAUGGAUUUAAGCGACUCCAUAAUAUUUGAAGUUCGAAAAAGACCAGCUCUGUACGAUACGAAGAAUGUGCCUGUUCAAGAGAGAUCGAAAUUAAAGAAGAAAGACCUUUGGAGGGAAAUUUCAUGCUGCAUGAAUGGCGUACUUACACCUGAAGAAAUCGAGAGUAGGUGGAUUAAAUUGAGAACUCGGUAUCUCGAAUGUAGGAAAGAGGAAAAUGCAUACAUUCCAAGCGGAUCUGCAGCAAAGAAAAAGGGGAAGACGAAUUUUCCAUUCAUGAAACAAUUAACAUUUUUGAAUGAUACUCAACUUUUUGAUGAGACUGAAUGUUCCCUUAGUUCUACAUCUUCAAAAAUGAAGAAUAUAGAGAAUGAUUUUCAAAUCAAAUUAACGGAACAAUGUAAUAUUAAGGAAAGUGAAAAAAGAAUCGUUGAAUCUUUUGAUGAAUCCGUCGUUAACGUUAUAAACGAUUUAAAGAAAAAAUCAGAUGGUGUAGAUGGAUUUGUGACAAUUGUAAGGAAUGAAAUCCAAAAAUUACCAAUUGCUAAACGUUUAAGUGUGGGAAUUCAUCUCUUAUCAUUUACAAACGAUAUCGUCGAAUCAUACAGAUUUCCUGCUUGAAGAUCGGAUUAUUUCAUAAAAAUGAAUUGGGUCAAUCCAGCUAAUUGAUUAAUUCUUUGCAAAAUUUAAGUGAUUUAAAAGAUUUUAAUCAAUUUUUUGGGAAAGAAUUCAAUUAAUUUUCUAAAUAAUAACAUUUUUCUGAAGAAUUAAAUUUUUUUUCAAUUAAAAUCGA